AUGGCUGUCUCCUUCCCACCCACCCUGGGACUCAGUUCUGCCCCAGAGGAAAUUCAACACCCACAUAUUAAAUUUUCUGAAUGGAAAUUUAAGCUCUUCAGGGUGAGAUCUCUUGAAAAGACACCUGCAGAAGCUCAAAAGGAAAAUAAGGAUGUCUCCGAGGGGAAACCCUCUUUAGAGCAAUCUCCAGCCGUCCUGGACAACAAGGUUGGUGGUCAGAAGCCAGUCCUGACUCAGCCAGUCUUAAAAGCACACCCUAAGUUUUCUAAGAAAUCUCACGAUGACGGAAAAGCCAGAGGCAAAGCGAUCCACCAAGCCAACCUUCGACAUCUCUGCCGCAUCUGUGGGGAUUCUUUGAAAACUGAUGAGUACAAGAGGAGAUACCCAGUCCACGGGCCUGUGGAUGGUAAAACCCAAGCCCUUUUACGAAAGAAGGAAAAGAGAGCAACUUCCUGGCCAGACCUCAUUGCCAAGGUUUUCCGGAUUGAUGUGAAAGCAGAUGUUGACUCCAUCCACCCCACUGAGUUCUGCCAUAACUGCUGGAGCAUCAUGUACAGAAAGUUUAGCAGUGCCCCCGGGGAGGUGUACUUUCCAAGGAACACAGCCAUGGAGUGGCACCCCCACACAUCCUCCUGUGACAUCUGCCACAGUGCCCGUCGGGGACUCAAGAGGAAGAGUCUUCAGCCAAAUGCGCAGCUCAGCAAAAAACUCAAAACUGUGCUGGACCAAGCGAGACGAACCCGUCAGUGCAGGAGAAGAGCUCAGCUGAGGAUCCGCAGCAGAAAAGUCCUGAAGAAGAUUACCAACUGCAGUAAAAUACACCUCAGUCCCCAGCUGCUUGCGGUGGACUUCCCCGAGCACUUCGUGAAAUCUAUCUCCUGCCAGAUCUGUGAGCACAUCCUGGCUGACCCCGUGCAGACCAGCUGUAAGCACGUCUUUUGCAGGAUCUGCGUUCUCAGGUGCCUCAAAGUCAUGGGCAGCUAUUGUCCCUCUUGCCAAUAUCCAUGCUUCCCUACUGACUUGGACAGUCCAGUGAAAUCCUUUCUGAGUAUCUUGAAUUCCCUGAUGGUGAGAUGUCCAGCAAAAGAAUGCAAUGAGGAGGUCAGCCUGGAAAAAUAUAAUCACCAUGUCUCAAGUCACCGGGAAUCGAAAGAGACUCUUGUGCAUAUUAAUAAGGGAGGCCGGCCCCGUCAGCACCUCCUGUCGCUGACUCGGAGAGCUCAGAAACACCGGCUGAGGGAGCUCAAGCUGCAAGUGAAGGCUUUUGCGGACAAAGAAGAAGGCGGGGACGUGAAGUCUGUGUGUCUGACCUUGUUCCUGCUGGCUCUGAGGGCGGGGAAUGAGCACAGACAGGCGGAUGAGCUGGAGGCCAUCAUGCGGGGACGGGGAUCUGGCCUGCAGCCAGCUGUUUGCUUGGCCAUCCGUGUCAACACCUUCCUCAGCUGCAGUCAGUACCACAAGAUGUACAGGACCGUGAAAGCCAUCACGGGGAGGCAGAUUUUCCAGCCUUUGCACGCCCUUCGGAGCGCGGAGAAGGUCCUUCUGCCGGGCUACCACCCCUUUGAGUGGCAGCCACCUCUGAAAAAUGUGUCCUCCAGCACCGACGUGGGCAUCAUUGAUGGGCUGUCUGGACUCUCCUCCUCGGUGGAUGAUUACCCCGUGGACACCAUUGCCAAGAGGUUCCGCUAUGACUCGGCUUUGGUGUCUGCUCUGAUGGACAUGGAGGAAGACAUCCUGGAAGGCAUGAGGUCUCACGACCUGGAUGACUACCUGCAUGGCCCCUUCACUGUCGUGGUGAAGGAGUCCUGCGAUGGGAUGGGAGACGUGAGUGAGAAGCACGGGAGCGGGCCUGUAGUCCCGGAAAAGGCAGUUCGCUUUUCAUUCACAGUCAUGACAAUUACGGUUGCCCACGGCUCGCAGAGCGUGAGGGUGUUUGAGGAAGCCAAACCCAACUCUGAACUGUGCUGCAAGCCGCUGUGCCUCAUGCUGGCGGAUGAAUCCGACCACGAGACCCUGACUGCCAUCCUCAGCCCUCUCAUUGCUGAGAGGGAGGCCAUGAAGGACAGCAAAUUGAUGCUUGAGAUGGGAGGCAUCCUCCGGACUUUCCAGUUCAUCUUCAGGGGCACCGGGUACGAUGAAAAACUUGUCCGCGAAGUAGAAGGCCUGGAGGCUUCUGGCUCGGUGUACAUUUGCACGCUUUGCGAUGCCACCCGUCUGGAAGCCUCUCAAAACCUUGUCUUCCACUCCAUAACCAGAAGCCAUGCUGAGAACCUGGAACGCUACGAGGUGUGGCGUUCCAACCCGUACCACGAGUCUGCGGAGGAGCUGCGGGACAGGGUGAAAGGCGUCUCGGCCAAACCUUUCAUUGAGACGGUGCCGUCCAUCGAUGCGCUGCACUGUGACAUUGGCAAUGCAGCUGAGUUCUACAGGAUUUUCCAGCUAGAGAUAGGGGAGGCAUAUAAGAAUCCCAACGCCUCCAAAGAGGAAAGGAAAAGAUGGCAGGCCACCCUGGACAAACAUCUCCGGAAGAAGAUGAAUCUCAAACCAAUUAUGAGGAUGAACGGCAACUUUGCCAGGAAGCUCAUGACCAAGGAGACUGUCGAUGCAGUCUGUGAAUUAAUUCCUUCCAAGGAGAGGCACGAGGCUCUGAGGGAGCUGAUGGACCUCUACCUGAAGAUGAAGCCAGUUUGGCGGUCCUCGUGCCCCGCUAAGGAGUGUCCGGAAUUCCUCUGCCAGUACAGUUUCAACUCGCAGCGGUUUGCUGAGCUCCUCUCUACCCACUUCAAAUAUCGGUAUGAGGGCAAAAUCACUAAUUAUUUUCACAAGACCCUGGCCCAUGUUCCUGAAAUUAUCGAGAGGGAUGGCUCUAUUGGGGCGUGGGCAAGUGAGGGAAACGAGUCUGGUAACAAACUGUUCAGGCGCUUCCGCAAAAUGAAUGCCAGGCAGUCUAAGUUCUACGAGAUGGAAGAUGUCUUGAAACACCACUGGCUGUAUACGUCCAAAUAUCUCCAGAAGUUUAUGAAUGCUCAUAAUGCAUUAAAAAACUCUGGGUUUACUGUGAACUCACAGACCAGUGUUGGGGACUCAUUAGGCAUAGAGGACUGUCUGGAAAGCCAAGAUUCAAUGGAGUUUUAA